CGCAGGCGAGUUUGGAUACCCGACGGGCCGGCAGCUAGUUAACCCCCACAGCGAACGGCCGGAAUCAGCUGAACAACACUCCGGGUCCACCAUUGCUGCGUGUUCAGGAACAUGAGCCUUUGUUCGGCCUUGUUACGCCUGAGUUCACCGUACACUCGAGGACUUGGUGCAUAAGUCUCGAGUAGGUCUCGGUCUAGACAACUCUCUCCUCAACACAUCAACACCAUCACAACACAUCUCAACAACCAUCCAGCUUACACUUCAGCUUCCCUCAAAGCAACUCUUCUUCACGAUGCACUCCAUUCUCGCUGGUCUCACUCUCCUGGCUGCUUUGGCCACUGCCAAGAGCACCCCAGGCCCAGGGGACUUGAACUGCCCCUCUGGCGUCCACGUCAUUGUUGCUCGUGCCAGCCAGGAAGCUCCCGGCCCCGGAAUCAUGGGCCAGGUAGCCAACAAGAUCCUCGAACGCAUCCCAGGAUCUGACAUCGAGUCUCUGGACUACCCGGCUCUGCUGGACCCCUAUGUUCCGUCUCAGACGGCUGGAGUCGCCAAUCUGACCACUUUGAUUCAGAAGUACUCCGAGAAGUGCCCUCGCACCAAGAUGGUUCUCAUGGGGUAUUCUCAGGGCGCCCACGUCACCUCUGACGUCCUGUGCGGCACCAGCGAAACUGGAUUCCCGGCCACUAAGCCCCAGCAAUCGACCGUAACUGAUAAGAUCGCUGCGGUUGUCUUGAUGGGUGACCCAUCCUUCACCGCCGGUCAGCCAUUCAACGUCGGAACUAGCCAUGGCAGUGGUAUCUUCCCUCGCCUGAACCCCGAUGGAUGCAAGUGCGUCGAUCACAAGAUGAUGUCUAUCUGCGAUGCAGGAGACAUGUUCUGUGAGAAAGGUGGCGACAGUCUUGCCGUCCACAUGAGCUAUGUCAUCAACUGGGGCGAUGCCGCGGUUGACUUCGUUCUCUCCAUGAUUCACUCGUACUAAAAACGGCAACUUGCUGGACUACUAACUUUGGUUGAGCCAUAUGGCGGGUUACUUUGUGUUCUAGUUGGCUACGGUCGUUCGGCGAUGAUGAGGACGAUUCUUGAAUAGUCACGGGGGAGAUCAAGGUUGAAUAAUGCCACUCACCCAACGAGAGAUUUCAGGAUGUAACCUAGAGAGCUUUAAGUCGUAGUUGGUACCGGAUAGAUAAUUCACCCACAGGAAAAUUCC